GUUAUGAUUACGCAAUAUUCAACUACUACAACAACAACAGCCGAGGAAACAAAAAUACGAAAUGCUAAAGAAAAAUGGAUGAAGGAGUCAGCUGGUCAACAAAUUCGCUCCAGCGAUCCCUGGUUGUGGCUCAGAAGACAUACUGGAGAACUGUGGACCGGAAAGUGGAUUGGCCGGGACCCUUGUCUCAAUCAAAACCAGCUCAGGAGGUGGAGAAUGUGAACACCUGUACGCCACUGGAGGAGGCGUUUGCUGGGGUGAUGCAGGCCAUGAGUAUGACGACAGCUCAGUGCAAGCGGUUCUACAGGAUAUGCCUACCCAGGGACCAUGAGCAGACAGCCAGAAGGCACUGUUCACGCUUCCAUGGCCAGACCAGUGUACAGAGCCAAUACAGGAUUCAGGUUACAAGGCAAGACUUCAGCAGUGGCAUCAAGGCUUCUACAAGAACACGGCAUGUGGAUGCAGCAAGUAGCUUGAAUCAUUCUCAACCUUUCACUGGUGUUCGCAAGAUGGUUGACAGACAAUCAGAUGAGUUAUAGUUAUUGGACUUUCAUAGUAUCGUAUUCUGUGUUCCGAGAAAGAAAUGUGUUCAUGUCUUUUAUUGCUCUUAUACUUAAUCAUAUGUGUCUUGUAUUGAGAAAACUGGGCUUAAUUCAUGUGCGUAAAGUGUCGUCCCAGAUUAGCCUGUGCAGUCGGCACAGGCUAAUCAAGGACGACACUUUCCGCUAUAAUGGUAUUUUUAGUUUCAGUGAAUCCCUCCUUACCGAAAAUCAAGUUUAGGCAGAAAGUAUCGUCCCUGAUUAGCCUGUGCAGACUGCACAGGCUAAUCUGUGACGACACUUUACGCACAUGCAUUAUGACCAGCUUUCACAGAACAAGACACAUAUAUGUUAAGGUUUUUACACUUAGUACCUCUUAUACAUGUAUGUCUUUUGUACUGCUCUGUUUAAACAUCUGUAAUAAUUAUGCAGCAGUUUGUGUUUGCCCUUGUAUAUUGUUCUCUGCCAAAAAAUUCUAGAACUUAAUUAUGUGAUAUUACAUAACUCAAUAUGAACUUUGUUUUAUAUGUUGGUAUUUAUGUGCAAUUACUCCGUGUUCAAUAUUUUAUGGUGCUUUAAUAACUUUGUAUUUAGGGAUACUGUUCAUUAUUUUACUUUUGAUUUUAUAAAAUACAACUUUUGGACUAAACAAUGAGUUGU